AAACGUCUUAUUAACUAGCUAUAUAUCAUACACUCUCUAUCUAUCUAUAUAUACAAAGUCGACAUUCCACAAAAUUAAAGUUAAUCCCAUUCACUAUAUAAUAUAUUACAUAGAAAGAAAAAUAUAUAGCUAUAUUUUACCUUAUUUUUACAAUGGAAUUGGGAGAUAUUCCUAAAUAUUUUGCAGGAAAGACCAUCUUAGUUACAGGUGCAACGGGAUUCCUAGGAAAAGUUUUUCUGGAGAAGAUAUUAAGGGUUCAACCAAACAUAAAAAAGUUAUACCUUCUUGUGAGAUCAUCAAAUACUCAUUUAGCUACUCAACGCUUACACUUUGAGGUCUUUAAGAAAGACUUGUUCAGGUUGCAAAGAGAUGAGAAGGGUGAGAAUUUUGGUACUUUCAUAUCCGAGAAAGUUGUUGUUGUUGUUGGAGAUGUGUCUCUUGAGAUGUUGGGAGUAAAAGAUGCAAAGAUGAGAGAGGACAUGUUGAAAGAGAUAAAUAUAAUAGUACAUUCCGCUGCCACCACCAGAUUUGAUGAGAGAUUUGAUAUUGCAAUGGCCACAAAUACAAUGGGAGCUUUCAAUGUGUUGAGUUUUGCAAAAAACUGUCUCAAGCUAGAGAUUCUUUUACAUGUAUCUACGGCUUAUGUGUAUGGGCAGAUGAAAGGACUUAUUAGUGAGAAACCCUUCUUUAUGGGUCAGACACUCAAAGGCUCGUCAACAUUGGACAUUGAAUUAGAAAAGAAGUUGAUAGAGAACAAAUUAAGUGAACUCGAAGCACAAAAGGCCGAUGAACAGACAAUCGACAUGGUUAUGAAAAAGUUUGGAAUUGUAAGGGCAAAUUUGCAUGGAUGGCCAAAUACCUAUGCAUUUACAAAAGCAAUGGGAGAGAUGCUUGUAGCAAAUAUGAAAGAUCUACCUUUGAUUAUUAUACGUCCAACUGUCGUAACUAGCACUCACUUUGAACCAUUUCCAGGUUGGGUCGAUGAUGUGAGAGCUCUUAACUUCAUUAUUGAUGGGUACGGUAAGGGAAUAAUAAGGAGCUUUGUUGGUGUUCCGGAGACUGUAUUAGAUAUUAUACCCGUGGAUAUGGUGGUAAAUUCCAUGAUAGUAGCAAUGGUGGCUCGUUCUAAGAAUCUUUGCACGAAUUUGAUCUACAAUAUUAGUUCUUCAUUGAGAAAUCCAAUCAACUUUUCUGAUGUUCUAGAUAACACGUAUUGCUAUUUUACAAAAAAUCCAUGGAUAAAUAAAAAUGGAAAACCGGUACUUAUUGCAAAAAAGAUGGCAUUAUUCUCUACAAGUAUGGAUGAGUUUGACCCAAACAAGGGAUCAAAGAUGGAGUCAGCGAUAGAACUCUUUAGACCUUACACUAUCUUUGAGGGCAUCUUUGACGAUCAGAAUGUAGAAAAUUUACGGAUGGUAGCAAAGAGAGCUAUUGAUGAGGGAUUUGACUUUGAUCCUAGAAAUAUUAAUUGGAAGAAUUACUUGAUGAAUGUCUAUAUUCCAGGUGUAAUGAAAUACUCUAUGCGAAGUAAGAUGUAAUAUGGAGCAAGAGUAUCCCUUCAUGCACAUCAGCUUUUCAGACGCAAUUUUAACUAUCCAUCUACUAUCAUAUGUUACAAUAAAAUGAUAUUCAAUAAAUGUAAUAAUAUGAAACUAUUGUGUUCGAGUCAAAAACAUUUUAUGAAACUGUUGUAUUUGUAUUUAAUAUUGAAA